GCGCAGGGGUUAGGCUCUUGGGCCGCGGAGGAACUGGGACCAGGCGCGGUUGGCAACAUGUCGCUGCCCGCAGAGAAAGCUUCUGAGCUGAAGCAGCUUAUCCACCAGCAGCUGAAUAAGAUGGAUGUCCAUAGUAGAAUACGAGAAAUCCUUGCAGAGACUAUACGUGAAGAAUUGGCACCUGAUCAACAGCAGUUAUCAACAGAAGAUUUGAUCAAAGCCCUUAAACGUAGAGGAAUCAUUGAUGACGUGAUGAAAGAACUUAAUUUUGUUACCGAAAAUGUUGAUCAAGAACCCCCUACCUCUCCAAAACAACCUGCUGGUUUUAUUGAUAGACAGUCAACGUUGUUAAAAAAAACUAAUAUUGAUCCAACACGGAGGUAUCUUUACCUUCAGGUUUUGGGUGGAAAAGCUUUCUUGGAACAUCUGCAAGAACCUGAGCCUUUACCAGGACAAAUUUGUUCGACUUUUACUUUAUGUUUACAUUUUCGAAACCAACGUUUUCGUUCUAAACCUGUUCCUUGUGCCUGUGAACCAGAUUUUCAUGAUGGCUUUUUACUUGAAGUACACAGAGAAAGCUUAGGUGAUGGAACUAGAAUGGCUGACUCAACAACAAUGCUGUCAAUAAGUGAUCCAGUUCAUAUGGUGCUAAUCAAAACAGAUAUAUUUGGUGAGACCACUUUAGUAGCAUCCUAUUUUCUUGAAUGGCGAUCAGUUUUGGGCUCAGAAAAUGGAGUGACCAAUCUUACUGUGGAACUUAUGGGUGUAGGCACGGAAUCAAAAGUUUCUGUAGGAAUCUUAAAUAUAAAACUUGAGAUGUACCCACCACUCAAUCAAAUGUUAUCUCAAGAAGUAGUGAACACACAGCUUGCUUUGGAACGUCAGAAAACUGCAGAGAGAGAACGAUUGUUUCUUGUGUAUGCUAAACAGUGGUGGAGAGAAUAUUUGCAAAUUCGACCCUCACACAAUUCACGGCUGGUGAAGAUUUUUGCACAGGAUGAAAAUGGAAUAAAUAGACCAGUCUGUUCCUAUGUUAGACCACUUCGAGCUGGACGACUUCUAGAUACUCCAAGACAAGCAGCAAGAUUUGUUAAUGUCCUGGGUUAUGAAAGAGCCCCUGUCAUUGGAGGAGGAGGUAAACAGGAGCAGUGGUGCACUCUACUGGCCUUUCUCUGUAGAAACAAGGGUGACUGUGAAGACCAUGCUAACCUUCUUUGCAGCCUUCUUCUUGGAUAUGGAUUAGAAGCCUUUGUCUGUGUUGGAACAAAAGCCAAGGGAGUGCCUCAUGCUUGGGUUAUGACUUGUGGGACUGAUGGGACAAUCACAUUUUGGGAGAGUUUAACAGGACACAGGUACAUCCACAAACCUGUCAAUCCUGAUGAAUCUCCACUUGCUGAACAGCCCAAACCCUUGUACCCGUAUCGAACAAUUGGUUGUGUUUUCAACCAUCACAUGUUCUUGGGAAAUUGUCAGCCCUCUGACUCAGUAGAAGUCUGUAUAUUUGAUUUGAAUGAUGAAUCCAAAUGGAAACCGAUGAGUGAAGAAGCAAUUAAAUCUGUGUGUGCUCCAGGAGCUACAACAUCUCUUCCUCCCUUUCCACCUUUAUGUGCGUCCAUGAUAGAUGCCUCAGUAACAAGUAAUGAAAUGGAAAUGCAGCUGAGACUACUAGUGUCAGAACACAGGAAGGAUCUUGGCCUCACUACCAUUUGGGAAGACCAGCUUUCCUAUCUUUUAUCACCUGCUUUGGCUUCCUAUGAAUUUGAACGUACGACAAGCAUAUCUGCAGGCAAUGAAGAAUUUCAGGAUGCCAUAAGGAGGGCUGUACCUGAUGGUCACACGUUUAAAGGGUUCCCAAUACAUUUUGUGUAUAGAAAUGCAAGGCGUGCGUUUGCCACAUGUCUUCGGUCUCCUUUCUGUGAAGAGAUAAUCUGUUGCCGUGGAGACCAGGUGCGACUAGCAGUUCGUGUUCGAGUGUUUACGUACCCUGAAUCUGCAUGUGCUGUUUGGAUCAUGUUUGCUUGUAAAUAUCGCUCAGUAUUAUAGGACUAACAUUUCUAUAAGAAUUAUAACUAUUUUAUUGCAAUUUUACACAUUGUACAUUACUAGCUAUUUUUUAUAGCUAUUUAGAGAUUCUUUAUUUUAAAAUCACAAUCUGUCUUAGAUGUCUUAUUUCAGUUUUGUAUGUACUUGACUGAUAAUGUUUCCAAAAAUAAUGAUGUGUAUUUAAAAAUUAAGAGUGAAAAACUUGUGUAAAUAUGAUUAGAAUUUAGUAUAAAUUAAGUGCAUAUUCUAUUUUAAUAUUAUUUUGUUUAUAUAUACUCAGUAGUUUACAUAUAAAUACAAGAUUUAUUCAGUUUUCUUUAUGUUAAUAAGUAAUCAGAAAGCUAAAUGUUUCUCUAAGGAUUUGAGCCAUAGUAAAACCAAUAUGAUCAUUAAUUUUCAUAGAUUAAUAGGAUUAUUUUAUACAGAUCGAGAGAAUUUAACCACACAACAGAUUUAUUUAUUACAUAGGUGAAAAUACAUCCUGAUGGAUUACCACAUUUACAGUUUGCUCUUGCCUUUAGUCAUAUUACUGACUUUUCAGAAAUUUAUGGUAAGAUCUUGAAAUAAGAUGAGGAAAAACUAAUGCCAGAAAAGUAUAAACAUUAAUAACAAAAGUAACCUCACGUGAAAGUAUAUGAAUGUAUCAAUAUUUAUUAGUUCUAUUCAUUAUAAAAACAAAUUG